AUGGGCCGAGGGGUGCGCGUGCUGCUGCUGCUGGGCCUGCUGCACUGGGCCGGGGGCGGCGAGGGCAGGAAGACCUGGCGGCGCCGCGGCCAGCAGCCACCCCCGCCGCCGCCCCCGCCGCGGGCCGAGGCGGCGACGGCGGCCGGGCAGCCGGUGGAGAGCUUCCCGCUGGACUUCACGGCCGUGGAAGGCAACAUGGACAGCUUCAUGGCGCAGGUCAAGAGCCUGGCGCAGUCCCUGUACCCCUGCUCGGCGCAGCAGCUCAACGAGGACCUGCGCCUGCACCUCCUGCUCAACACGUCGGUGACUUGCAACGACGGCAGCUCGGCCGGCUACUACCUGAAGGAAUCCAAGGGCAGCCGGCGAUGGCUACUGUUUCUGGAAGGAGGCUGGUACUGCUUCAACCGGGAGAACUGCGACUCCCGAUAUGACACCAUGCGGCGCCUCAUGAGCUCCAAGGACUGGCCGCUCACUCGAACAGGCACGGGGAUCCUGUCCUCCCAGCCAGAGGAGAACCCCCACUGGUGGAACGCCAACAUGGUCUUCAUCCCCUACUGCUCCAGCGAUGUCUGGAGUGGGGCUUCAUCCAAGUCUGAGAAGAACGAGUACGCCUUCAUGGGCGCCCUCAUCAUCCAGGAGGUUGUGCGAGAGCUCCUGGGCAAAGGGUUGAGCGGGGCCAAGGUGCUGCUGCUGGCAGGGAGCAGCGCGGGGGGCACAGGAGUGCUGCUGAACGUGGACCGCGUGGCCGAGCAGCUGGAGGAGCUGGGCUAUCCAGCCAUCCAGGUGCGGGGCCUGGCUGACUCUGGCUGGUUCCUGGACAACAAGCAGUACCGCCGCACAGACUGCAUUGACACCAUCACCUGCGCGCCCACGGAGGCCAUCCGCCGGGGCAUCAGGUACUGGAAUGGGGUGGUCCCGGAGCGCUGUAGGCGCCAGUUCAAGGAGGGCGAGGAGUGGAACUGCUUCUUUGGCUACAAAGUCUACCCAACCCUGCGCUGCCCGGUGUUCGUGGUACAGUGGCUGUUUGACGAGGCCCAGCUGACUGUGGACAAUGUGCACCUCACGGGGCAGCCGGUGCAGGAGGGCCAGUGGCUGUACAUCCAAAACCUGGGCCGUGAGCUGCGGAACACACUCAAGGACGUGCCGGCCAGCUUUGCCCCUGCCUGCCUCUCCCACGAGAUCAUCAUCCGAAGCCACUGGACAGACAUCCAGGUAAAGGGGACCUCACUGCCCCGGGCACUGCACUGCUGGGACAGAAGCCUCCACGACAGCCACAAGGCCAGCAAAGCGCCCCUGAAAGGCUGCCCCAUCCACCUGGUGGACAGCUGCCCCUGGCCCCACUGCAACCCCUCUUGCCCCACCAUCCGGGACCAGUUCACGGGGCAGGAGAUGAACGUGGCCCAGUUCCUGAUGCACAUGGGCUUCGACGUGCAGACAGUGGCACAGCAGCAGGGCCUGGAGCCCAGUAAACUGCUGGGGAUGCUGAGCAGCGGAAGCUAG